UCAUCAUCAUCAUCAUCAUCAUCAUCAUCAUCAUCAUCAUCAUCAUCAUCAUCAUCAUCAUCAUCAUCAUCAUCAUCAUCAUCAUCAUCAUCAUCAUCAUCAUCAUCAUCAUCAUCAUCAUCAUCAUCA